AUGGUAUCGGCCACUCGGGGCCGCAAACGCUGCUUCACCAUCUGCGGCCUUUGGAUGACCCGCAGCGUUCAGCUGCUCCCGACGAUGCAGAUGCCGUUGCACGCUUACAUCGGGCACGACCUUCAGAGCGACAGAGAGGCCGCAUGGGCGCUAGCUCCGGGAUGCCUAGAUAUGGAUGCCUGGGACAGUGUCGCCGUGACACUCUUUCAGCAUCUUGGCCUAGUACUUGUCCUUCUAAGCGCGAUCACAGCCAUGCGUAAGCAACAGAAUCCAAGGUACCUCGUCUCUUGCGUGAGCGGCAACUGGCUCUCUGCCGUCUUCACCCCGCCUCAGCUCUUGGAGAACGGGCUCACCGGCUUUUUCUGGCUGUUGCUCGAAGUCAUGGCAGCACGGCAGGCUGGUGGUAGCAACUGGCAGAACCAGUUCCUGGCCAGGGCAACGGUGCGAAACAGCCUCUUUUGCUGUGCUAACAUGAUCGAGUGGGUAUGCCGAUACCCGAACUCCGACGGCAGCUUGGCCUUUGCUCCCACGAAAAACACCGAGCAGGUCGUGGAGUACUGGUUCGGCCAGGUAAAGAGAGCUGUUGGACACAAUGUGCCGUCGCUCAAGGCGUUCGUGCUGGCUGCUGAACGACUUCACUGGUCUCAGAAGCAUCGCGGCCUCCAGCUGCCGUCAAAGACUGUUACCUGGAGCGGCCAGAACCUGAGUGCCGGCGAGGUGAGCCAGAUCGCGACCCGUGCUCUUGCUGCGGCCACCACUUUGCGGGCCGUCGCGGCCGUGCAGGACUCGCCAGACGCCGUGUCCGCCGCUUUGGAAGCCUGGUUCGAGGAGGAGGGCUCUGCGAUGUUCUUCGCAGGGUGCACUCCGGACAUGGCGGAUAACAAUGUGGACCCCUUCGCCGAAGAGGCAUCCGAGGAGGAGGACGAGAAUGACAAGGUGGCAUCUACUCAGGCCGGCAGCAUCCAGCACGGCAUUCGCAUGUUGGAGCGCGAGGCUGUCAUCGAGCAGUCUUUGUUGGAGGACAUGCAGUCGCCGCCCAAGCCCGAGCAGGCUGCAGCUGCGACAGAGACGACAACGGAGGCUGUGGUUGCAGAGACUUUGGCACCGGCAGAGCCUGCGACCUUGUGGCAGAUGCUGGUUGCAUGUGGCUUCCACACGUACAAGCCCGCUGCGGACGGCACGCCCGAGGCAGCCGUGGAGAGACUUCGCAAGCUGCAGCCUCUGAUGGUGGCACUUCUGGAAAAGGUGCGAACCAGCGAGGGCUUCUUGUCUGAGAAUGCCGUGCUGGGCGAUCGAAAUCCUCGGCGCCUCAAUGCAUUCCAGGAUAUGCAAGCACAGCUGGCUCAGGCACGUCGUGCUUGGGGCCUCGCCGGGAGGAGGACAAGCAGAGCUGAUGCCUGGAGGAGCUACGCUGGACUGGUUGCGGACAAGGUCCAGGAGGUUGCUCCGGAAGCUGCUUCCGUCGUGGAUGUCUAUCGUCCCAGCUUUAUCUUGAGCCAGUCGGCUCGCAACAGCAUAGAUUGUGACUCUGGGACCCGUGACUAUCAAUUCAUCGUGGUGCGAGAGCAUGUGCUUGGCGAGCCUAUGGUUUGCCUUGUGGAAGAGGUGUUCCGCCUGUCGAUGCGACGGGACAAGAAAGUCCCUGGCAGCAAGCCGUUUCCGGCUGCACUUCCGCAGGACUUCUGUGGAGGAGUGCACGUGCGAGUCAUGGAGCCCUUUCAAGAAGGAGUCUUCAAGACGACCCUGCUGCACAAGCGGAUGACAUUGGAGUGCCACAGCCUCGACUGCUCCGCCCCGCAAAUCUUGUAUCAGAUCCCGGCAUCUCAGUGCAGGGCGGGUGCGGACCCUUACAAGCUGGUGCUCAAGCUAACAUCGGCAGCCGUGAAAGCUCUGAAGGCUGCUGAGGGCUUGGACUUCAAGAUGGAGGCCACGGAGGAUGCCCGCGAAGAAGGCAUGAUCUACACGGCAGACAUGUUCGGACCCUCUGCAAAGGGAGCUUUGGCCAUCAAAAGCUACAUGCGAGAGAUGAAGAAGAUGUAUGAGAAGACGUCUGGACAGCCGCUGGCGGACGCCCAGGGCAGGGUCACGGCGAUGCGAUCCUCGUCGUUUCCUGUCCCUGGAGUUUGGGAUGAGAUAGUGCAGCGAUGCCCGUUGUACUUCGAGCUUUUGCUUUCCACCAAGGAUCUGCAUGGAAAAUCUGUCGCGGCAAACGCCAAGGAUUACAGCAUGCGGAUUUACAGGAUCUUCCAGGAAACAGCGCCCACCAAGCUUCGGGGCACUCAGGCUUUUUUGACUUUCCUAAGAAAGCUCAACGACAAAGCUCCGGCAGCGCUGCCGACAGCCUGA